UGCCAAUAUAGAAAUCAAAGCACCUUGAAUUCUUUUCAAAGUUUUCAACAUUAGUGAAAAAAUAAUAUAGUAUGGAACUUCUGCCUGAAGAUUGUUUUGCACACAUUUUAUCAUUUACAUCACCUCUUGAUGUGUGUAGGGUUUCUCUACUCUCCUCGGUUGUGCAAUCCAUGGCUGAUUCAGAUUUUCUGUGGGAGAAAUUUUUGCCACAUAAAUAUCAAGAAAUUAUUUCUAGGCUGGUGGAUCCCCCAUUGCCAUGUUCCUCAAAGAAAGAACUAUUUGCCAGGUUAUGUAAACCGUCACUAAUUGACGACGGUAACAAGAUGUUCUCAAUUGAGAAAACAACAGGAAAAAUAUGUUACUUGUUGAGUGCAAGACAACUUUCAAUUACAUUUGGAAACACCUCUUUGUAUUGGUCUUGGAAACAAGUUCAAGGCUCAAGGUUUGCAGAAGCUGCUGAACUCAGAACCAUUUGCUGGCUAGAAAUCAAGGGUAGUAUAAACAGUGAAAUGUUAUCUCCAAAGACAAUGUAUGGAGCAUAUCUAAAAGUGAAAAUUGCGGAUCGUGCUUAUGGUUUAGACUCGUUACCUUCAGAGGUGUCAAUUGAGGUUGGUAAUUACAAAUCACAAGAAAAUGUCUACAUUCGUUCACAAUCCAAAAGAAAUGGGAAAGCUUAUUGUCAUUGCAAUUGUGAGCACAAUGAUGAAUGGUUGGAGAUUAAAUUAGGGAGUUUCUACACUGAAAAAGUUCAAGUUCAAGAAGUGAGAAUGUGUCUCAAAGAAGUCAAAGGUGUGCACUUGAAAGGUGGGCUAAUUGUUGAUGGAAUUGAACUAAGGCCUAAAACUUACGAGCAGUAAAAAAUCUUACAUGAUUUUUUAUUUUUUUUGGAUAAACAAGUGUAUGAAAGUUGGCAGUAAUGUUACUUACAGAGUUCAUCUUUGAAUUUAUUAAUUUUAAAACUUUUUUAGUGCUCUUUAAUUCAUCGAUCGAACUAUGAACAAUA